AAGUAUUAAUAAUGUCGGGAGUAUACAAAUUGUUAAUUAUUGUUUUUAUUAGUAUAACUGUAGUAGGGUGUAAUCUUUCACCAUGUCCGGAGAUUUUAUCCUACUAUCACCAUCCAAUGAUAAACGUAUUUGCGAAGAUAGUCAUCCCUAAUCCACCGAAGAAUUUUCAACGAUUGAGGCUGAAGGUUUCAUAUCAAACGAGGGAAACUUUUAUAGACGAUUACCGGGGAUGGAUUAAUUUAAGAUGGCCAUUAGCUGAAACUAUGGAGAGAAUACGCCGCGGUGAGCCACUCAUAUACAUCGUUCACUUUCCCAAGAUCAUAAACGUACCUGAUGUAGUCUUCAUAUCACUGGACAAUACACCAAUAUGCGUUAAUGUAGCAACAGAUUCACUUGCAAGAAUAAUAGAAUUAAAGCAUGAUUUGUUGCCUCUGCAAUUCGACCCAGCUUCACUACUUGUUAAUACAAUCACUGAAAAGCUAACUAUGAGUUUAACUUCAGUAGCGCCACCUACUUUAACUACUGAAGCGCUGAAUAUAAAUCAUGAGCUUGAAAAAGAAAACGAGCCUGAAAAACGGCCGAGUGUUUCGAAAGUAGAGUUUGACGAAUUAUCAAAAGGAUGCGGUUACAUAAAUUCAGACGACAAUUUUAAAUUCGAAGAUAAUGUUAGAUUGACACCAGGACAAUGGCCGUGGUUGGCAGCCAUUUAUAUCACCAACUCUACUUUCGAAUUUCACUGCUCAGGGACUCUUAUUAGUAACAGGCAUGUCUUGACAGCUGCUCACUGCACCUAUUAUAAAGACCGCAAACUAACCCCGAACCUCUUGGUCGUAUCCUUGGGCCGCUACCGAUUGGACGACUGGGAGGAACCAUUGUCCGACAACUACGAGGUGUCUUCAAUCGAUGUCCACCCCGACAACAAAUUCGGCUUAACUUCCGCAGCCGAUCUUGCCAUUUUAAAACUCUCCAGAAGAGUUCGCUUCAGGCCGACUGUCUGUCAUCUGUGCAUCCAGACGCACUUCGAACAAAGGUUCGGUCCAGUUGAAGAACUUGGGUACGUCGCCGGGUGGGGGGACAAGACUCCAGCUUCAAAGGAAGACCGAGAAAUCGUCGAGGAAUCUUCAGUUGCAAAGUUGCACGUAGCUCCGAUAAUUUCUCCGAAAAAAUGCGCAAAAAAGACCCAAAAACUCCAGGAAUUCAUCACUGGCAACACUUUCUGCUCCAAGUCACAAAAUGGCGUCAGCGGUCCCUGUAAUGGCGACAGUGGCGCUGCUCUUGCUGUUCCCGUUUUUCAGAAGUUUUACCUACAGGGAAUCGUUUCAAUUGCGGCUGCCGAUACAAUACCUUUCGAUUGUGACCACAAAGACUUUGUGGUCUAUGUUGAUGUGUAUCCGUAUACGUAUUGGAUUUUACAAACAAUUUUUGAAAAUUAAUUGCAGGACUCGUAAUGCUUAGCAUUGGAGGGCAUUUAAUUAGUUUA